AUGGCUGAUAUAAAGUUUUUUUCAAGCUUGGCAAAAAAGAGCUUUUUACGACCACAUACCUCUACAUUACCUGGAAGUGUUAAACCGGUAGAAUCAAAGACAGGAGCUACAAAAUUAGUGAUUGGUGCAAAAUAUUCUUUUGGGCAAAUCGUAUCGAAUAGUUCUGAUGAUUUAAGUUAUUUACAAUCUCGGUCGUCACAAUCGCUAUCUUCGCCUCGUCGCGAACCCUCCCCAAAUCCAUCUGGAAGUACGUUUUCUUCCGAAACAAAUAACGAAUCAGAUGAAGAUGAUUUGUCCAUGGAUAAAUUAAAGAUUCACAAUCACGCUAAAGAAUCUCAAACGAUUAACAAAGAUCAUGAAAAAAUGUCAGAAAUAAAUUCUAAUCGGUCGAUAUUCGUUGAGAAAAGUUCCAUUGGACUCAAGCCUGAUAUCGCUUUAUUAAUUCAAGGCAAUUCAUUAGCAAUUAGUUCGAUUAACUUUUCAAACGUGGUAAUAGGCCGUUUAAAUGAACCACUUGAAAGAUGUCUUAAUAAAUUCAAAGAUGUAUUGCAAAGUGCAAAUAUUGAUUUAGCUGCUCUCAAAAAACAAAGUUGGCUGGGCAUACCAGAUGAGUUGAGAUCUAUAACAUGGCAAUUACUUUUGGAAUAUCUCCCCUGUAAUGCUGAUCGUCAAGUUAAAACAUUGGCGCGAAAAAGGAAAGAAUAUAUUGACCUAGUCUCGCAAACAUAUUCUAAAGGAAUUGCUGGAUUGAAUCAAACGAUUUGGCAUCAAAUUCAUAUUGAUGUGCCUCGAACAAAUCCCGGUAUCGCUCUUUAUCAAUAUGAGACUACUCAGCAGUGUUUGGAACGUAUACUUUAUCUCUGGUCAGUCCGACAUCCUGCUAGUGAAUAUGUUCAGGGAAUCAAUGAUCUUGUCACUCCAUUUUUCCAAGUUUUCCUCUCUUUUUAUAUUGAUGAAAAUCCAGAAAAUUAUGAUACUAGCAACCUCCCAAAAGAUGUUUUGGAUGUGAUUGAGGCAGAUAGUUAUUGGUGUUUAUCUAAAUUACUUGAUGGUAUUCAGGAUAAUUAUACAUUUGCGCAGAGUGCUCAUUUACAAGAGGAAGGUGUAGAAUAUAUUCAAUUUGCCUUCAGAUGGAUGAAUUGUUUGUUAAUGCGCGAAAUGUCAUUAAAGCAUAUAAUUAGAAUGUGGGAUACUUAUCUUGCGGAAGGAUCAGAAGGAUUUUCUGUAUUUCAUUUGUAUGUUUGUGUAGCAUUUCUAAAUAUAUGGUCAGAUAAAUUAAGGUCUAUGGAAUUUCAGGAAAUUAUGAUGUUUUUACAAUCACUGUCUUUACCAACAGCUUAUUGGACAGAACGAGAUAUUAAGGAGUUAUUAGCAGAAGCAUUUAGAUUAAAAAGUUUAUAUCAUGAAGCACCAAAUCAUCUAUCAAGAGUUUAA